AAACAAACAACAUAUAGAGAAACUUCAUAUAGCAUCUUUUCUUGGAAAUUUUUCAUUUAAUAGCAAAGUGUUGAAAGAAGAAAAAGAAAGAGAAAAAUAAAACAUGGGAUGAAUAUUCUCUUUAAUUCCUCUUACUCACUCACUCACUCAAUUUUAAGUUCUUGAUAAGAGCAAGAGCAAAUCAAGAUCAAGAAGAAAUUAAUUAAAUCAAGUAAAGAUGGCUGGAGGUUCAUCAUCAACUAUGUUUUUUGCAAUGAGACAAGAAGAAGAAUUAAUUCAAAAUCAUCAAGAAAUGCUCCAUCAAUCUCAUGCUCAUGAAGCACCAACAAAGAAGAGAAGAAAUCAGCCUGGCACACCAAGUCCAGACGCAGAAGUGAUAGCGUUGUCACCAAAGACCCUAAUGGCAACAAACAGAUUUUUAUGUGAGGUAUGCAACAAAGGUUUUCAAAGAGAACAAAACUUACAACUCCAUAGAAGAGGACACAAUUUGCCAUGGAAAUUAAAGCAAAAAAAUACAAAAGAAGUUGCAAAAAGGAAGGUGUAUCUUUGUCCAGAACCAACAUGUAUUCAUCAUGAACCAAGUAGAGCACUUGGUGAUCUUACUGGUAUUAAAAAACAUUAUUUUAGAAAACAUGGUGAGAAGAAAUUCAAAUGUGAAAAGUGUUCAAAGAAGUAUGCUGUUCAGUCUGAUUGGAAAGCACAUAGCAAAACUUGUGGCACUCGUGAGUAUAGAUGUGAUUGUGGCACUCUCUUCUCAAGGCGUGACAGUUUCAUCACACAUAGAGCCUUUUGUGAUGCCCUAGUUCAAGAAACUACAAAGACUUUCAUUCCACCAACAACCACUUUUAACACCCUUGGCAUGAACAACAACCAAUUCUUAUAUGGAAGUAGUAGCAACAUAAACCUUGGCAACUUCUCCCAAUUAAGCAACAACAACAUCACAAAGACAACUACUAGUACUACUACUAGUGCUCAUCGAUUUGGUCAUCAUGACAACAACCUAAUUGGAUCAAGUAGUAAUACUAAUUCCUUUUUCCAUGAUCAAGAUUAUGCCAACAACAUCAAGCCAAUGGUCCAUGGCCUAAUGCAACUUCCUAAUCUUGAUCAAAACAAUGAUCACACCACCAAUAUGUUUAACCUCAACUUUUUCCAAAACAAUAGCACCAAUAACUUGUCAACAAGUGGACUUUUGGGUGAUCAUCAUCACAACAACAAUAUUAGUUGUUCAAUUCCAUCACUUUAUGGUACACAAAUAUUUGAGAGUAGUGGUGCAAUUUCUUCAUCUGGACCAACUAUGUCAGCAACAGCAUUACUACAAAAGGCAGCACAAAUGGGAUCUUCAACUACAAGUAAUAUUAGUACAACUGCCUCAUUGCUCAAGGCCUUUGGAAGUACUAGUGGUGGUUCAUCUUCUAGUGGCACAAAAUCUGAUCACCAAGCACUCAACUUUGGCAAUGAAAUUACAGAUGGUGUCAUCAAUGCUUAUGGAGCUGGUGGAUCACAUGAAGGGUACAACAAUACAACAACCAAGUUAAAUUUUGAGCAGCAGCAUCAAGGUCCACUUCAAAAGAAACAAUUGACUAGAGACUUUCUUGGAGUUGGAGAGAUGGUAAGAAGUAUGAGUGGGAGAUUUGGUACACAAAGAGAACAACAACAACAGAAUGAUGGAUUGAACAUGAUGAGCUCAUUAUUGGAUUCAGAGAGAAACCAGAUCCAGCAGAGUUUUGGAAGUGGCCCCAAUUUUCAAUGACUAGCUUGGUCAAGAAAAAUAAGUGAAAGUUAAUAAAGGAAGAAAAGAAGGAAAGCACAAAGUAGAGGGCAUGUUUGGAAGAUGAGAAUUUAUGGCUGAAGAAAAAACUUUGUUUGUUUUUCGUUUUCUCCACCCCACCCCACCCCACCCCCCACCCCCCUCGUUUGUUUUAGUUUAAAUCAUUGGGUUUAGACAUUUGUUAAGACUUUUUUUUUUUCUUGACUCUAGUUCUUUAGUCCUCCCUUUUAAGUUUUCGCACUGUCCAGAAAAAUAGGCCAAGACAUAGACAAUAUGUUAGCUUGAUGAAAAACCUCUUAUAUCUAAAUGUAUAUAUAUAAUAUGUUGAAUUUUUUUA